AUGACAUUCUUCACUACCUGGCAGAUGUGGGAGAAGUUGUGCUUUUUCUUGGGCUGUGCUGUUCUUGUCAUCGUCGUGGCAGGCGCUACCAAAGUAGCAUAUACUCAUUGGAGGCUCAGGAAGUACAGUGUACUUGCAGAGAAGGAGAGGAGAGAACAGAUGGUGGAGAGACAGAUGAGCCAGAGACGGCGGCAUGAUGAAGUACCAUUUGGUAUCCGCGCGCUGGAACAUGGUCUGGAAGUUGACGGCGUUUGGGUCUCGCGACCUACAACACCAGAGGGAAGCCAUCGUAAAGACUCGAACAUCUCAAAUGUCGAGAAACAGCUAUGGUCUGCUGGAGAACUCUCAGAUCCACCAUCAAUCGCCACAUCCACUAGGGAUCCGAGCUCGAACUCUUACCGUGUUAUAUUAACAGAACGGCUGCCAGCCACCCACAGAAGUUGCGAGAAUGAAAAUUACAUCACGAAGCCUACUCGUGCUCGACAUCCGCCGUGUUCCCACGAAAAAUGGAGCAGUCGAAACUACUCUCAUCGGUAUUCACUCACUCAAUCGUCCUUCGAGGAGUUCGAGAUCGCACAACAGCACUCAUUGGAAGCUAUCCGGCGUGCUUCGACAAGUGAGCAGCCAGACAGCACUAGUAGCGGUGACCACAGCGACGACUCCGGCCACAGUGGCAAUGAUGCCGAUUCUAUCACGGCAGCCGCACCUCGAUUAUUCAUUCGGUCAACACCACGACCAAAGGAUCACUCUGUCGACCUUGAGCUAAUGGCGAGUCAUCGUAGGUCGCAGGCCGCAGAGACCGGUCAGCUCACCCCUCGCACAAGGAGACCUGGACAGAGUAGAGACUCAUCGCUUGCCUCUAUGCGCACUGGAAACCAGCACAACGAUUACUUCAGUAAUAUGCAAAAGUCGCCUUCCGACGGGGGGUCACCCAUGAAUCCAUUUUCGAGUCCCAAGAUCGAUGCCCUGCCGGCUUCAGUACGACGCUCGAGCAUGCCUGAUGUGACGCCUUUCGCACAGUUCUGCCAGACUGCGCCUCGAUCUCCGAAAUCGACAUCAGUCAGCACGACUCCACUAGGCAGCGCUCACGGCACCAGACGCAAUAGCGAGAGUCUAGACCGAUUUACAUCCGCAUUAUCCAGUCCAGUCAUCUCACCCAUAUCUCCUCUCACGUUGUGUGAGCUGCCAGCAGAGCCUGUAUCGGCAACCUCACUGCAGUCGUCGCGACCAAGGCGUACUUCGUUUGAAAAGGUGGCUUCACCAGUCAUAAGAGGCUAUGGCUCUGGGUUUGAGAUAUUGAAGCCCGGAUCUCUGCACUCACCAGAACCGAUGGAGCAGCCUCUCGAACGGACCCGAGCCGGACCACCAAUAUCACUACAUAAUCAUACACGCAGGUCUCGGUCCAGUAGUAUAGGGUCGACAGGACGCAAAUUGCAGAAGAAGCGAAGGCCUAGUAUCGACUCCACGAGCACAGGCAAUUCAAGCAGUGGUAGACAGAGCCGGAACAGUGUACGAUAG